AUGGACUAUAAAUUAGCUUCUGGGUCCAAAUCCAAAAAAACUUACAUAGCUAUUAUAGCUGCCCUCGCCAUUGUUGGAGUAGUUGCAACUGUUUCUUUUUCACUAAAGUCACCACAAACCCCAGCUUUAAUCCAGCUUCAAAUAGAUGAACAAGAAUUCCAAGAUUUCAUUGCCAAGUACAACAAAAACUAUUCAGAAGAGGAAUACGCCCGCAGGUUCAAAAUCUUCAGAGAUAAUUCAGCUUAUAUCCGUGUUUUUAACACCCAAGGAAAGACUUGGUUCUUAAUUUAACUUAGCCUCUCCGGGUUUAGGAUUUCCUUUAGAGGCACAAAUACUAUAUAUUUUGGCACCUCAAAGCCCAUAAUCCGCCAAUACCACCCAUUUUAUUUCUGCUUGGCUCUUAGGAGUCAACGAAUUCACUGAUAUGACUUUUGCCGAGUUUAAGAUGGUUUAUACACCUUCUAAAAUCCUUUCAGAUCCUACUAUUGAAGCAAGCGUUUUACAAAACACCACAAUUCCUACACAAGUAGAUUGGUCUGCUAAGGGAGCAGUCACACCUGUGAAAAACCAAGGACAGUGCGGAGGUUGCUGGGCAUUUGCCACAACUGGGUCUUGUGAAAGUGCUUGGUUUUUAGCUGGGCAUAAUUUGACAUCUCUGUCAGAACAACAAUUGAUGGAUUGCUCUUAUUCAUAUGGAAACUUAGCCUGUGGAGGUGGCACUAUGACCCAGGCUAUGAAAUACGUUAUUAUUUAUCUAUAUGAAUAUUUGAUUAAUAGAUUAGAUUUAAGAUGGGUAUUUAUAGUCCUACUUCCUCAAGCUUUCUUGCGUUCCGUAGCGAUUUAGUCGCUGCGGGGUGGGCUCUCUUAAGGCAUCUUGAGCCUGGGCUGAAACCCCCGGCUUCUCGGUAGUGGUAUUUUUCCUCCUGAUCCGGGUGAUCCGGAUUUUGCCGGGAAUCAUCAUUUCCAACUCAAGUGCCAGUUCUACCCAACCCUGAACAGCUCAGGACAGAUCGCCCCUUGCGGGACCCUUUUAAACUGGAGAGACUUGUGUCAUUGGCAUAUCUUCAUCGAGCUUCUUCUCCCCUCUUCCCGGAUUAUCUCCAAGAAAAAACUCAACCCCUUGGGGAUUCACCAAGCAGCCUAGGCAGGUAACUCCCCUGCCUCUUUCGGACACCAGUCUGGGCCUCGGCGCUACUGGCAAAAAGAAUGCGGAAAAAUGCUGCCCGGGUCAAGCCACAAAAUCAGUGGAAAUUUUGCUGGGCUUCUCGCCUCGAGGCUAACUCCCCUUUGAGUAGCUCUCCUCACCCAAAAACCACGUCCGUAUACAUAAGGACACCCGCCGCAGGAUGACGGGUCGCUCGUCUCCGGCCAUUUUAUAUAUAUAAUAUUUGAUUAAUAAUUAUAGUCAAAAGCAAGCAUAAAUAGCAAUUAGGCUAUUAAUAAAUCUGAUAUAUAAAUCUUUUAAUGACCUAUUCAUUAUUAAUUAUAUGUCAAAAAUGGAGGGAUUACCUCUGAAGAUAACUAUCCUUAUACAGCUCAUGAUGGCCUAUGCAACCAAGCCAAAGAAAAACAAUUCGCAGCAACUUUUACGAGCUAUAAAGUAGUCAAGGCUGAUGAUGUCCAGCAAAUGCAAAUUGCGGUUGCUCAGCAGCCUAUUAGAGUUUCUGUAGAAGCUGAUCAAAAUGCUUGGCAGCUUUAUAAAGGAGGCAUUGUGAGCAGUGACUGUGGGACUAAUUUAGAUCAUGAGGUCCUUGUAGUUGGGUAUAAUCAACUUAACAGCCCUCAGUAUUGGAAAGUCAAAAACUCAUGGGGAACUACCUGGGGAGAAGCAGGAUAUAUUAGGAUAGCAAUUGUAGCUGGAAGAGGAGUCUGUGGAAUACAAAUGCAGCCAGCUUAUCCUAUAGUCUAA